AAAAUAUUGAUUUAUUUUUCAUUCUAGUUUCACCUACUAUGGAAGGAGAAAUGUGUCAAUUUCCAUAUUAUUUAAACGGAUGGGAUAUGUACUUUUGUCUUUAUCAAGAAAGUAUACAAAAUUAUACAUGUCCAACAAACUUAGGAAACCAAACAUGUAUCAGAGGUCAAUAUGCAUAUAAGACUACUUCGGAUCCGAAUGGUUUUGCUGAAAUUUACAAAUCAGUUACAACUAUAACUAUAAACUCAACUGAUGAAGAUCAAUGUCUUAGUUUUUAUUAUUAUUUUACGAAUAGUUUUCGAGAACCAUCUAUUUCUUUUCGAAUGAGUGCAACAUUGAACACAUCAAAUAGUCAAAAUAUUGUAAUUGUCAAACCAAGUAAUGCAAAUAAAUGGUACUAUAAUCAAACAACAUUUAGAGUAACACCAGAUGAAUAUUCUUUCAUGAUAGGUUUUUAUCGAGCUGAAGAUUUGAAUGAUACAACUAAUUUCACUUUCGCGAUUGAUAAUAUAUCGAUUAUAAAUGGACCAUGUUCUUAUGUUUUCAACGAUAGUAUAACUACCGAUGGUUUAAUAUUUACGGAACCUACUACGAUUAGUUCUACUACAACAUUAUCCGACAUUUCAACGACUACACGAAAAUGUAAGAAAAUUGUUUUUAUUAAUAAUAUUGGAAUAUUUAUAUUUACUAAAUCUGUUUUAGCCAAGAAUUUGGCUUUAGCACUUGGUUUAUCAUUGGGUUUGGGUAUUCCAGCAUUAAUUACAAUUAUUUUCAUUGCGGUCUACGUUGUGAAAUUCGUACUUUAA